AUGGCUAAUAAUAAUCUCACCAUGGUAACUGAGUUCAUUCUCAUGGGCUUUACUGAACACCCCAAGUGGAAGGUUCCCCUCUUCAUACUAUUUCUCAGUUUCUACCUUGUCACCCUUCUGGGGAAUGUGGGCAUGAUAGUUCUCAUCCAUGUAGACAUCCAACUCCACACCCCUAUGUACUUCUUCCUGAGCCACCUCUCCCUGCUGGAUGCCUGCUACUCCUCAGUCAUCACCCCUCAGAUCCUGGCCACCCUUGCCACAAACAAAACUGUCAUCUCCUAUAGCCGAUGUGCUGCCCAGUUCUUCUCCUUCACCGUCUGUGCAGGUACAGAGUGCUUCCUGCUGGCCGUGAUGGCCUAUGACCGCUAUGUUGCGAUCAGUAACCCACUGCUCUACACUGUAGCCAUGAACCCCAGAGUCUGCUGGACUUUGGUGAUGGGAACUUACAUCUGUGGUGUGUCUGGGGGUAUUAUACGUACCUCAUGCACCUUCUCUCUUUCCUUCUGUGAGGACAACAAGAUCAACUUCUUCUUCUGUGACUUCCCACCUCUGCUGAAACUUGCCUGUAGUGACACAACAAACGCUGAGAUUAUCCUUGUCUUCUUUGCCAACAUUGUGAUUUUGGUCAAUGCUUUGGUCAUCCUGAUUUCCUACCUGCUCAUCCUCAAGUCCAUUCUGAGGAUGAAGUCUCCAGGUGGCAGGGCCAAGACAUUCUCCACGUGUGCCUCCCACCUCACGGCUGUGGCCCUGUUCUAUGGAACCCUCACCUUCAUGUACAUACGGAGUGGCUCAGGCACAUCCUUGGAGGAAGACAAGAUUGUGUCUGUCUUCUACACUGUGAUCAUCCCCAUGCUGAACCCUCUGAUCUACAGCCUGAGAAACAAGGAUGUGAAAGCUGCCUUCAGAAAGGUCACUGAUAGAUUCCAGGUGUCCUUGAGUGCAUAG